UUUCGUGCAGCUCAGGUCCCGGGUCUAAUCUUAGGACAAGUUGUGUUAACCUACGUAAUCUGCACAACCAAAAUUGUUCGCUGAUACAGCUUCGCAGCAGGAUGGGAUUCUUCCUACUCCAAUCUCCAUAAGCCAUUUGUUUCACAAUUUUCUCAUAAUGUCAUCGACCUCAAUAUAGUGUAAAAAAAAGCCUGUCCGAUCCCCUCCCGCCUAAAUAAAUCCACCCCUAGGUUUCGAUCACCAUGCCGUUACCUUUCCUAUACGAGACAAUCGUCAAUGGCGCACCAGAAUGGGUGCCUAUCUGGGCGAGGGAGCCUUUCACAUUGACCAAGAUUGUCGCCGGAGUAGUCCUGCUCUACUUGAUCAAGAUCUACAGCAGGGGCGCAACGAAUCAUGCUGGAAUGAGGAUGAAUGGCAAGGUUGUCAUGAUAACAGGAGGCACAUCGGGAAUAGGCACAGCCGUCACACGAGACCUUGCCGAGCGUGGCGCACAAGUCGUACUUCUCACCCACCUACCACCAUCGAACCCCUUCUUGGCCGACCAGAUAGGAGAGCUUCGCGAGCAAACCAAGAACCAGAUGAUCUACGCUGAGCAGGUCGAUCUUAGCUCGCUCCACAGCAUCCGAAAGUUCGCAACAAAAUGGAUCGAUAACGCGCCACCUCGGCGGUUAGACAUGCUCAUUCUUUGCGCAAACACCCUGACACCGCCUGGUGGCGAGCGGGCGGAGACAGACGAAGGAAUUGAGGAGAUGUGGAUGGUCAAUUACUUAGCGAACUUCCACCUUCUCGGCAUCCUAAGCCCAGCACUCCGAGCGCAGCCAGUUGAUCGCGAUGUCCGAAUCAUAAUCCCUACGUGCUCAGCAUACAUAGCAUCUCCGGACCUCGGCGACGCCUUGUCCAAGGAGAAAUGGUCACCCAAAAAGGCCUAUGCCAGGAGCAAGCUAGCGAUGAUGGUGUUCGGUCAAGCUUUCCAGAAACAUUUAGACGCAUACAAAAGACCGGAUCAGAUGCCUAUGAACGCCCGAGUAAUCUUCGUAGAUCCGGGCUUGACACGUACACCCGGCAUGCGACGGUGGCUUACACGUGGAUCGAUUCUAGGGCUCGUUCUAUAUAUUUUGGGCUACUUCCUGCCCUGGUUAUUCUUGAAAAGUGAAGAGAGAGGCGCACAGUCGAUCCUACAUGCAGCAAUGGAAUCUUCUUUGGGCAGAGGCCAGGGCGGAAAGCUGAUUAAAGAAUGCAUGGAGGUCGACUUCGCAAGGAAAGAUGUAAAGAACGAAGAUAUCGCCAAGACGCUUUGGGAAGCCAGCGACAAACUUAUUGAGAAAACAGAGAAAAAGCAAGCCACCUUGCGAGCAGUGGAGAAGAAGAAGCAGGAGACACAGGAGAAGGGAAAGAAAGAAGCUGAGCAGGCUCAGGAAAUCGAGGCUUUGGUGGAAUCUAUUAAAAAGGGCAAGGAGGCGGAAAAGAAGCCGUCGAGGCGUCAGCGCAAAAAGGCCAAUGCCGAGAAGGCAGAGUCAACGAGUACAUGAUUUCCUACAUACCACCAUAUCGGAACUGGGAAUAGACGGAACUAAAAUCUAUAGAACUGUAUAAUUAUAACCACUACUAUCAUCACUGUACUUCCAGGGCUAUUGACGAAGAAAAUGUAAUCAGUGCAGUGCAGAUAGGUAGCACCGAAGAUCUAGGUAGAUCAGAUGGUCUUACCAACCAAGCACACGUGAAAAUGACGCCAGAGUAGGUAAGCUCUUGGGGAUGGAUGGAGAUACCUACCUAGUGUGGGGUAGCACAAUGGAUAGCUCAAGAAGCCUCGGAAGACAC